AUGGUAAACACCAACUCAAAACUAGAGACAUAUAUCAAUAGUUGGAAGGCAGUAGCGACGGUUGCUGGUAUUUGCGCAGGGAUUACGAUCUUCUAUAUCGUAAAGAAUCAAGACCGAGGCUUAGCUAUCUAUAAACUCUUAAUCAAUGGAAUGGCGCUAACCUGGACUUUAGCGGAUAUCACGUAUGAUAACAAGAAACACAAUAUAUUUAAUUACAAAGACGACAAUCUCUAUUAUAUUGGACCAAUAGCUUACCAAUUGCUGAGAAUGAUGAUAUCUACAUUGAUAUUAUAUUCACUAAAGCGAACACAAUUUAGUGGGUUUGAUGUUAUUUUUGGCACAAUUUUGUUGACUCUUGUUUGGUUUUCUGGGCUUGCUUACUCGGCAUUAGAAUUUAGUUCGUUGUCGAAUGACCUUACUGUCUAUAACACAUGUGUGAUGGUGCUUUUUGCUGUCAGAGUGGCGGUCGUUAUAUUUGUUGCGGUUCGGUUGAUAUACCAUUACAAAAGAGAUAAUUCAACAAAAGCGUCAUUAUUUACGUUGAAUUUAAUUAGACUUUUGGCCAUAUUUGUGAGUGCGAUAAUCCAUGGACCAGUAUUACUUAAUCACAAAUCCUAUCCGACUAUACCUGCGGCUGUAAUGAUUAUUAUAAUUUUGUUUUUAGUGUCGUUCAAGAUCGAAUAUCCACAGAAUUUGCAAAAGCCAGGCACAGUCGAUGUAACAAAUAUGACGGUGGUGGAACACGUCCCUACAGGCAAUGUCAAUACGGCGGUCGUAGGACAUGUACCUGCAGGCAUUUGA